AUGGGCCAAGAAGCCAAGAUCACGGGCGCCCUCUCCCUGUUGGUACUACUCGUGCUGCUCGUGUGCUACAGCCGAGUGGAUCUGUUCGCAACAGCGUCAAGCGGUCACCUCCGGACGUCGGACGACCCCCGGGUAUCAUCAACGGAAGCCUACGGCCGGGGCGACGGAGACUCGGGAUGGCAGCGAGCAGCAGAAGAGAAGGAAGGGUUGGCGGCGGCACGGGCUCCGCCGGCGGUGCUGGGAAGGAGCCUUGAUUCAUUCCCCAGCGCGUCUGACGCGACCAUCAUGUUCCUUCAUGUCUUCAAGUGCGCCGGGACGAGCCUUCGAGAGGUGUUCAUGGCUCUGGCGGAGGAGAAAGGGUGGAGUCACGCCGUAGUCGAGGAAUGCACUCGACGUAGAUCACCACGACGGCUGGGCGCCGGGCCUGCUCUGACGGUGAGGCAACUCUUGGGUGUUCUAUAA